AUGUCUCUUGCUUCAAUUAUGCGUAAGAAUAUACCAAGGGAGGAGUCAGAAAAGAAGCAAUCAGGGUAUAAGAUCAAUAUUAUUUUUUGUAUUGACAAUAUAGAGUAUUUCAGCGCAGAAACUUUCACCGACAAAGAUCCUCAUAAUUUGAAGCCAAUCUCUUACAAAUAUAAAUUAUUUAGGGAAAUGAAAGAUCAGUUAGAUCGUCUACUGAAGAAAUUGAAAUUUACGAAAGAAAUGAUCAAGAUGAAAGUUAGUGAAACCUGUUUUAUACAUUUGAAAAAGGUUUUAAUGAACAACAUUAAGAAGUAUUCAGAAAGUCUCAAUGCCCUAAAGAAUGUGUUGAAGUUAAAGAAUGAUAUAAUUGGUGUUCUUAAGGUUGUUAAUAAAUAUGAUUUAAUGUUAGAAUAA